AUGUCAGACCUCAAAAUCGCACGGAUUGAUGUUUUCCAAGUUGACCUCCCUUAUUCAGGGGGUGUCUACUACCUCUCUGCCGGGCGAGAAUACCGAAGCUUUGACGCUACCAUUGUCCGGAUAACCACUGACACCGGCAUUGAGGGCUGGGGAGAAAGCACUCCCUUUGGCUCCAACUACAUUGCUUCUCAUCCACGCGGUGUCAGGGCUGGUAUCGCUACAAUGGCACCAAGUCUGAUCGGUCUGGACCCUCGACGAGUCGACCGUAUCAAUGAUGCCAUGGACGAUGCCCUGCUCGGACAUGAAGAUGCCAAAACAGCAAUCGACGUGGCAUGCUGGGAUAUCUUUGGUAAGUCGGUCGGACUGCCCGUGUGCGAGCUUCUGGGUGGUCGCACAAACACCCGACUGCCAUUGAUCUCUUCAAUUUAUGUUGGAGAGCCGGAGGACAUGCGUGCACGGGUUGCCAAAUAUCGCGCCAAGGGAUACAAAGGGCAAUCGGUCAAAAUCUCAGGCGAACCGGUGACUGACGCCAAGCGGAUCACAGCGGCUCUUGCCAAUCAGCAACCGGAUGAAUUCUUUAUUGUGGAUGCCAACGGUAAAUUGUCGGUGGAAACCGCUCUACGGUUAUUGAGGCUGUUACCCCAUGGCCUCGAUUUCGCGUUGGAGGCCCCUUGUGCCACCUGGCGUGAGUGUAUCUCUCUCCGCCGCAAGACAGAUAUUCCGAUUAUCUACGACGAACUCGCCACGAAUGAAAUGUCCAUCGUCAAAAUCCUUGCGGAUGACGCCGCGGAAGGUAUUGACUUGAAGAUUUCCAAGGCGGGUGGUCUGACCAGAGGCCGCCGUCAGCGGGACAUCUGCCUGGCAGCGGGCUACAGUGUGAGUGUUCAAGAGACGUGUGGCUCGGACAUCGCAUUCGCUGCGAUCGUGCAUCUGGCUCAAACAAUUCCGGAACGAUCAUUGCGUUGCAUCCUGGAAUGUCGCGAUAUGGUUACGGUGAAGACCGCGGAUGGAGCGUUUGACAUCCAGGAUGGCUUUGCCACCGCGCCAACCACACCAGGCUUGGGAAUAAUGCCGCGCUUAGAUGUGCUGGGAGAGGCUGUUGCUAGCUACUUUUAA